GGGGAGCAAAGAAACAGCGGACGCGUUGGUGAAAUCUGAUCUCUGCCACCAAAAGCCCGGGAACCAGCGCUCCGGAGGAAGGGCGACCUUGGGCAGCCGGAGCCGCGUGAAGUCAUGGUGGGCUGCUGAGCGGGGAAACGCUCCAUGGAGAGCCCGGUGCCCCCCUGCGUCCCCUUCCCGGGGGCCGGCCGCGGCCGCGGGGCCCAGCCCGGCGGCGUCUUUGCGCGCGGAGCGGCCGGCGCCGAGGCUCCGGGAGAGGGCAGCCUGCAGCCGCCGGAUGCGGCCGGGGGGGCGGGCGCCGCGUCCCCGGCGCAGACACCCUGCAGUCUCAGCGCGUCGCUGUGCUUCAGCUCCGGGGACGACUCGCCGCCGCAGUCUCGCGUCUCCGCCGCGGAGGGCGCAGCGGCCUCCCCGCCCUCGCGCCGCAGCGGCCCGCGGGUGGUGCAGAAGCAGUGGGGGGCCAGCAGCGCGGGCGCCGCGUCCUCCCAGGAGCGCGGGGACCCUCAGGAGCCCUCGUCCUCCGAAGAUCUGUCCCCGGAAGAGCCCGUGUCCGCCGAGGAGCUUCUGUCCCCUGAGGAUCCCGGGGACACCACGCCUGUGCCCCCUGGCGUCGGACCCGCGCACGGGGAGCCCGACCUGGUCAUCGAGGUGUCGGGCCGCCGGCUGCGGGCGCACAAGGCGGUGCUGGCGGCGCGCAGCGACUACUUCCGCGCGCGCGUGUCGCGGGACGUGCUGCGGGUGCAGGGCGUGGGCUGGGCGGCCCUGCGGCUGCUGCUGGCCUACGCGUACAGCGGGCGCAUGGCGGGCGUGCGCCCCGACAACGUGGCCGAGGUGGUGGCCGGCGCGCGCCGCCUGCAGCUGCCGUGCGCCGCGCAGCGCGCCACCGACGCCGUCGGGCCGCAGCUGAGCCUGGCCAACUGCUACGAGGUGCUGAGCGCGGCCAAGCGGCAGCGGCUGGCCGAGCUGCGCGACGCCGCCUACCGCUUCAUGAGCGACCACUACCUGGAGGUGCUGCGGGAGCCUGCCGUCUUCGGGCGCCUGACGGGCGCCGAGCGCGACCUGCUGCUGCGCCGCCGCCUGCGCGCCGGCCGGGCCCGCCUGUUGGCCGCCGCGCUCGGGCCGGCCGGGGAGCGCGCGGGCAGCCGCCCGCAGAGCCCGUCGGGGGACGCGGAGGCGCGCGGGGACGCGGCCGUCUACUGCCUGCACGCGGCGGCCGGCGAGUGGCGCGAGCUGACGCGGCUGCCCGAGGGCGCGCCGGCGCGGGGCUGCGGCCUGUGCGUGCUCUACAACUACCUCUUCGUGGCGGGCGGCGUGGCGCCCGCGGGGCCCGACGGCCGCGCGCGCCCCUCGGACCAGGUCUUCUGCUACAACCCGGCCACCGGCCGCUGGAGCCCCGUGCGGCCGCUGCGCCAGGCGCGCUCGCAGCUGCAGCUGCUGGCCCUGGACGGCCACCUGUACGCCGUGGGCGGCGAGUGCCUGCUCAGCGUGGAGCGCUACGACCCGCGCGCCGACCGCUGGGCCGACGUGGCGCCGCUGCCCCGGGGCGCCUUCGCCGUGGCGCACGAGGCCACCACUUGCAACGGCGAGAUCUACGUGUCCGGGGGCUCGCUCUUCUACCGCCUGCUCAAGUACGACCCGCGGCGCGACGAGUGGCAGGAGUGCCCGUGCAGCAGCAGCCGCGAGCGCUCGGCCGACAUGGUGGCCCUGGACGGCUUCAUCUACCGCUUCGACCUGUGCGCGGCGCGCGGCGACGCGCCGGCCGGCGGGGUCAGCGUGCUGCGCUACCACUGUCUGGCCAAGCGCUGGGGCCGCUGCGCCGCGCCCCUGCUUCCCCCGGGUGGGGGCGCGCCGGCGGCGCUGCCGCCCUUCCGCUGCGCCGCGCUGGACGGCGCCAUCUACUGCGUCAGCCGCGCGGGCACGUGGCGCUUCGUGCCGCCCGCGGACGCCGAGCGCGGCGGCGACGCGGACCCCGGCGGCAGCUUCGAGCCCCAGGCGCUGCGCGCCCCCUGGGACGCCCGAGGCCUGCUCUUCCCGUUCGUGCUCAACCUGCCGGAGAGGCCAGAGCGAGGCGAGGAGGGCGCCGCGUAGGGUGGGGGGCGCCGGGGCGGGGCGCGCCCUGGCGGCCUGGGACUUCUUGCGGCGGUGCUUUCAGGCCCGCGCCCCGUUCUGCGUUCCUUUCCGCUUCGCUUUGCUU